ACAUCUCCUGCCAACAUGCCCUACAGCUGCUGCUCUGGAAACUUCUCUUCCCGCUCCCUUGGGGGCUACCUGCGCUACCCAAGCUUCUCCUGUGGCUCUUCCUACCCCAGCAACCUGGUCUACCGCACUGACCUCUGCUCUCCCAGCACCUGCCAGCUGGGCUCCUCCCUCUACAGCGGCUGUCAGGAGACCUGCUGUGAGCCCACCAGCUGCCGGACUUCCUGCGUGGUGUCCAGCCCCUGCCAGACGUCCUGCUCCCUCCCGAGGACCUCCACGUUCUGCAGUCCCUGCUGGACUGCUUACCCUGGGUCUGUGGACUGUGGAUCCAGAAGCUGCCAUUCCCUGGGCCGUGGAUCCAGAAGCUGCUACUCUCUGGGCUGUGGAUCCAGUGGCUUCAGACCCCUGGGUUAUGGAGUCUGUGGUUUGCCUUCCCUGAGCUAUGGAUCCAGUUUCUGCCGCCCAACCUACUUCUCCUCCAGGAGCUGUCAGUCAUCAUGUUACAGACCAACCUGUGGAUCUGGAUUCUAUACAUCCACUUGUUAA